AUGACGGCGCCGCGCGGUGGCGGGGACGAGCCGCCGCCGUCGUCUUCGGCCGCGGCGCAUGCCGUGGCGAACGAGCCGGUGACGCCGACGUCCGCGCUCGUGUCGGGGCUGAACCGGCGCGGGUCGAGGGGCGCGGGCAUGGCGACCUUCUCCAUGGAGGUGUUCGACAACGAGGUCGUCCCGUCCACGCUCACCAGCAUCGCGCCCAUCCUGCGCGUCGCCGCCGAAAUCGAGGCCGAGCGCCCCCGCGUCGCCUACCUCUGUCGGUUCUAUGCCUUCGAGAAGGCACAUCGGCUGGACCAAAACUCCAUCGGCCGUGGGGUGCGUCAGUUCAAGACGGCUCUGCUACAACGGCUUGAGAAGGAUAACAGCCCUAGUCUCGCGAAGCGCGUGAAGAAGAGCGACGCCCGCGAAAUUGAGAGCUACUAUCAGCAAUACUACGAGAACUACGUCCGUGCACUCGACAAAGGGGAACAAGCCGACCGGGCCCAACUUGGGAAGGCAUACCAGACCGCCGGAGUCCUCUUCGAGGUGCUCUGUGCCGUCAACAAGAAUGAGAAGGUUGAAGAAGUCAACCCGGAGAUUAUUCGGUUGCACAAGGAUGUGCAAGAAAAGAAAGACAUCUACGCGCCGUUCAACAUCCUCCCUCUCGAUGCCGCCAGUGCAUCCCAGUCUAUCAUGCAGCUGGAGGAGAUCAAAGCAGCAGUCGCAGCGCUGCGGAACACGCGGGGCUUGACCUGGCCAGCAACAUUUGAGCCGCAGAGGCAGAAGGGAGGUGAACUUGAUUUGCUGGAUUGGUUGAGAGCUAUGUUUGGCUUUCAGCGGGAUAGCGUGCGGAAUCAAAGAGAGCAUUUGAUUCUGCUCCUUGCUAAUGUGCACAUAAGACUUGAGCCGAAGCCCGAUCCACUUAGCAAGCUUGAUGACCGAGCUGUCGAUGUGGUGAUGACUAAGCUAUUCAGCAAUUACAGGAAGUGGUGCAAAUUUUUGUCACGGAAGCAUAGUUUAAGAUUUCCUCAAGGUGCACAACCACAGGAAAUUCAGCAACGCAAAACUUUAUAUCUAGGUCUUUAUCUUCUUAUAUGGGGUGAAGCAGCAAACAUCAGAUUUAUGCCAGAGUGCCUUUGCUACAUCUUUCAUAAUAUGGCGUAUGAGCUGCAUGGUCUUCUUGCUGGAAAUGUUAGUAUUGUGACUGGGGAAAAUAUCAGGCCAUCUUAUGGUGGGGAUGAGGAGGCAUUCUUGAAGAAAGUGGUUACACCUAUUUACCGUGUCAUUGGGAAGGAGGCAGACAAAUCAAAACAUGGAAAGACACCACACUCUGCAUGGUCUAACUAUGAUGACCUAAAUGAGUACUUCUGGACAUCUGAUUGUUUCUCACUGGGGUGGCCUAUGCGGGAUGAUGGUGAUUUUUUCAAAUCUGUGCAUGAUUCAAGGCCUGUGACAAUGGCUGGAAACUCGCCACGAAAGGGUUCAACUAAAAGCACAGGGAAGACAAAUUUUGUUGAGACUAGAACAUUUUGGCACAUCUUCCGAAGUUUUGACCGAAUGUGGACCUUCUACAUUUUGGCUCUACAGGCAAUGCUGAUUUUUGCUUGGAGUGAUUAUUCAGUGACUCAAAUUAUUCGGAAAGACCUUUUAUAUUCUCUCUCAAGUAUAUUCGUUACAGCAGCAUUUCUACAGUUCCUCCAAAGCGUAUUAGAAUUUGUUCUGAACUUUCCUGGUCGUCAUAGAUGCAAGUUCAUUGAUGUUGUAAGAAACAUUCUGAAGAUCACAGUUAGUGCCACGUGGGCUGUGAUUCUUCCAUUUUUCUACAUUAGCACAGCAGCUAAAGUCGAUUUACCACUGAAAGACCUGAAAAAAUGGUUCGGUUAUGUCAAAGGAGUGCCACCGCUAUAUAUCCUGGCUGUGGCAGUGUACCUGAUACCUAAUAUUCUUAGUGCAGCGCUCUUCCUGUUUCCAAUGUUCCGAAGAUGGAUAGAAAACUCAGAUUGGCACAUUGUUAGACUGCUCCUGUGGUGGUCUCAGAAACGAAUUUAUGUUGGCCGUGGGAUGCACGAAAGCCAAGUUUCACUUUUUAAGUAUACAUCUUUUUGGAUUUUGCUGAUAUGCUGCAAAUUUUCAUUCAGCUACUUUGUACAAAUUAAACCACUGAUAAAGCCAACAAAGGACAUAAUGGGUGUUCAUAAUAUUCGUUAUGAGUGGCAUGAAUUCUUCCCAAAUGCAUCAUAUAAUAUUGGUGCUAUCUUAUCUCUCUGGGCUCCUGUUCUCCUGGUCUAUUUAAUGGAUACACAGAUAUGGUACGCCAUCUUCUCUACAAUAUUUGGUGGUAUGACUGGAGCACUUGGUCGACUUGGGGAGAUACGAACAUUGGGAAUGCUGAGAUCACGGUUCCAUUCUUUGCCUGGAGCGUUCAACACCUUUUUGGUGCCAUCGGAUAAAAGCCGAAACAGGCGCUUUUCACUCUCAAAGCGCUUUGCUGAGGUUUCUCCCAACAAGAGAACUGAAGCUGCCAAGUUUGCUCAAUUGUGGAAUGAAGUAAUAUGCAGUUUCCGCGAAGAAGAUCUUAUAAGUGAUAAGGAGAUGGACUUGUUAGUGGUUCCUUAUUCAUCAGACCCCAGCCUCAAAUUGAUGCAGUGGCCACUGUUCUUACUAGCUAGCAAGAUACCUAUAGCUUUAGACAUGGCAGCACAAUUUCGACCUAGAGAUUCGGAUCUUUGGAAGCGUAUAUGUGCGGACGAGUAUAUGAAAUGCGCUGUACUGGAAUGUUAUGAGUCAUUCAAACUUGUUCUUAAUUUAUUGGUCACUGGAGAAAAUGAAAAAAGGAUUAUUGGCAUUAUAAUCAAAGAAAUUGAAGCUAACAUUGCGAAGAAUACAUUCCUUGCCAAUUUUAGAAUGAGUGCACUGCCAGUUCUUUGCAAGAAAUUUGUGGAGCUUGUAUCUACCUUGAAGGAAAGAGAUGCCUCAAAGUUCGAUAAUGUGGUAUUGUUACUUCAAGACAUGCUCGAAGUGAUAACAAGAGAUAUGAUGGUCAAUGAGAUCAGAGAGCUGGCUGAGUUUGGUCAUGGGAACAAGGAUUCAGUUCCAAGAAGACAACUUUUUGCGGGUUCUGGUACGAAGCCCGCAAUUGUGUUCCCUCCUCCAAUUUCAGCACAGUGGGACGAACAGAUUAAGCGCUUGCACCUUCUUUUGACCGUGAAAGAAUCAGCUAUGGAUGUUCCUACAAAUCUUGAAGCUCGUCGAAGAAUAGCAUUUUUCACUAAUUCUCUAUUCAUGGACAUGCCACGUGCACCUAGAGUACGCAAAAUGCUCUCAUUCAGUGUUAUGACUCCAUAUUACAGUGAGGAAACUGUAUACUCGAAAAGUGAUCUUGAUCUGGAGAAUGAAGAUGGUGUAUCAAUUAUAUUCUACCUACAAAAGAUCUUUCCAGAUGAAUGGAACAAUUUCAUGGAAAGAAUUAAUUGCAAAAGGGAAAGUGAAGUUUGGGGAAAUGAGGAAAACGUCUUACAACUUCGUCAUUGGGCUUCUCUUAGAGGGCAGACACUCUGUAGAACAGUUAGAGGUAUGAUGUACUAUAGGAGAGCUUUGAAGCUUCAAGCAUUCCUUGACAUGGCUUCUGAAUCUGAGAUAUUGGAAGGAUAUAAAGCAGUUGCAGAUCCAGCAGAGGAGGAGAAGAAAAGCCAAAGAUCUUUGUCCUCUCAACUCGAGGCUAUAGCAGACAUGAAAUUUACAUAUGUUGCAACUUGCCAGAUCUACGGCAAUCAGAAACAAUCUGGUGAUCGACGUGCAACAGAUAUCUUGAACUUGAUGGUUAACUAUCCCGGUCUACGUGUGGCAUACAUUGAUGAAGUUGAAGAGAGGGAUGGUGACAAGGUGCAGAAGGUCUUUUAUUCAGUGUUAGUAAAAGCUCUUGACAAUCAUGAUCAGGAAAUAUACCGUAUAAAAUUGCCAGGACCAGCAAAAUUAGGUGAAGGGAAACCCGAAAACCAAAAUCAUGCAAUCAUUUUUACACGGGGUGAAGCGCUCCAAACCAUUGAUAUGAACCAGGACAAUUAUUUGGAGGAAGCUUUGAAAAUGCGGAAUUUGCUUGAAGAAUUCAAUGAAAACCAUGGUGUACGUCAGCCUACGAUUCUUGGAGUGCGUGAGCACAUAUUUACCGGAAGUGUGUCGUCACUUGCAUGGUUUAUGUCAAACCAGGAAACCAGCUUUGUGACAAUAGGACAGAGGGUCCUUGCUAAUCCGUUGAAGGUACGUUUUCACUAUGGACAUCCUGAUGUGUUCGAUCGGAUUUUUCACAUUACAAGAGGAGGCAUUAGCAAGGCUUCCUGUGGUAUAAAUUUAAGUGAAGACAUUUUUGCUGGUUUCAACUCAACGCUAAGACGUGGAAACGUCACCCAUCAUGAGUACAUUCAAGUGGGAAAAGGACGUGAUGUCGGUCUUAAUCAAAUUUCUCUCUUUGAGGCCAAAGUAGCCUGUGGUAACGGGGAGCAAGUACUUAGCAGAGAUAUCUACCGGCUGGGUCAUCGCUUUGACUUCUUCCGGAUGCUUUCAUGCUAUUUUACCACUGUUGGGUUUUAUAUCAGCUCAAUGAUGGUUGUUAUAAUAGUCUACGUUUUCUUGUAUGGAAGACUUUACUUAGCACUAAGUGGACUUGAGUUUGCAAUUAUGAAGCAAGCACGGAUGAGAGGGAACCGUGCUCUUCAAGCGGCUAUGGGAUCUCAGUCUAUUGUGCAGCUAGGUCUUUUGAUGGCCUUGCCUAUGUUUAUGGAGAUUGGACUAGAAAGAGGUUUCAGAAGUGCCCUGGGGGAUUUCAUUAUCAUGCAGCUUCAGCUCUGUUCAGUGUUCUUCACUUUCUCCCUUGGGACCAAGUCGCAUUAUUUUGGCCGCACAAUCCUCCAUGGUGGUGCAAAAUAUAGAGCAACUGGCAGAGGCUUCGUUGUUCGCCAUGUAAGGUUUGCUGAGAAUUAUAGAAUGUACUCCAGAAGCCAUUUUGUGAAAGGACUUGAGCUGAUGUUACUGCUAGUAGUUUAUCAGAUGUACGGUGAUGUGGCGACGGACUCAACUGCCUAUAUACUUCUGACAUCAUCAAUGUGGUUCUUGGUAAUCACUUGGCUAUUCGCUCCAUUCCUCUUCAAUCCAUCAGGAUUUGAAUGGCAGAAAGUAGUGGAUGACUGGGAUGACUGGGCCAAGUGGAUUAGCAGUCGCGGGGGAAUUGGGGUACCUGCUAACAAAGCUUGGGAGUCCUGGUGGGAAGAGGAGCAAGAACAUUUACAGUCUACGGGUCUAUUGGGCCGCUGCUGGGAGAUAAUCUUGUCCCUCCGAUUCUUUAUAUUCCAGUACGGUAUCAUGUAUCACCUGAAUAUCUCUGCUGGCAACAAAAGCAUCUCUGUUUACGGUCUUUCUUGGCUGGUUAUCGUUGUUGUAGUGCUGGUCUUAAAGGUGGUAUCCAUGGGAAGAAAGAAAUUUAGUGCAGACUACCAGCUUCUGUUCCGACUUCUUAAAUUGUCCUUGUUCAUCGGAUUUGUUGGAACUCUGGCAGUUCUUUUCAUCGCUCUGCAUCUUACAGUUGGUGACAUAUUCGCUAGCUUCCUUGCGUUUGCACCCACAGGAUGGGCCAUUCUGCAGAUAUCGCAAGCAAGCAAACCGAUGGUCAAGGCAUUUGGGUUGUGGGGAUCUGUUAAGGCUCUGUCAAGGGGGUACGAGUACCUAAUGGGGAUCGUCAUCUUCGUUCCGGUAGCGGUGUUGGCAUGGUUCCCAUUUGUCUCGGAGUUCCAGACGAGGUUGUUAUUCAACCAAGCUUUUAGCCGAGGCCUUCAAAUCUCUCGUAUCUUGGCUGGCGGCAAGAAGCAAAGAUGAGGUUAGUACAGGCAGGAGACGUCCAUAAGCACAGGUUAGGCGAGGAAUUAGCUACAGGAUUGUUGUACAAGGGUGUUGUGGAGGCAUCGUAAGGCCGCUGACCCGCUGACGGUUUCAGAAGUUUCGUUGUACACACAGGGCGGUUUUUUCGGCUUUCACCGUACAACAUUCUU